AUGGCCCUAGAUAUAUCCCAAGAUGCUCGCCGCGUCCUCGACACCCUGCAAGCCGGCGGUAUAGCCAUAAUCCCAUCGAGUGUCGGCUACGGCAUCAUAGGAAGUACGCCAGCAGCGCUGCAACGCAUCUUUACCGCAAAACGCCGCACGCCGGACAAAAAACACGCCAUGAUAGGCAACUACGAGCUCCAUAAAUCCAUCCACAUCUUACCUCCCGGGCGACAAGCCCUCGUGCAGGUUCUCGCCGUCACGCAGGACUUGCCGCUCGGCGUGGUCGCCCCUUACGACUUCACCCAUGCGCUCCUCCGAACCCUAGACCCGCAAACGAUAUCCCAAAGCACCGAUACGGAGGCCAACACCCUCGCCAUGUUGGUCAAUGGCGGGCCCUUCCAGGAGGAACUCACCCGGCUUGCCAGCGCCGCGGGGACCCCUGUGUUCGGGUCUUCUGCUAAUCUCUCCGGACGCGGCACCAAGACGCGCGUCGAGGAGAUAGAACGCGAUGUGCUCCGGGUGGCGGAUGUUGUGCUGGACUAUGGACUACGCGUGCAUCAUGCGCCAAGGGCAUCCUCGACUAUGAUUGACUUUGGGUUCGUGGAUCGAGUUAAAGUGGUGCGGUUUGGCGCUUGUUAUGAGGUUAUCCGGGAUGUCUUGGGCAAGUUUGGAGGCGAGGCUUGUGCGAGAUUACCUGUUGAUCCGGGAAAGCAGGUUUUGUUUUCGGGGAGGGUGUGA